GACGCGAGGUGCGUUAUCGCUUGCCUAACUUUUUUAAUCGCGCCGCAUAUCUUUCUUCCUGCCGCCAGCCGUGAAACUCUUACGUCUAAUACCGUGCAUUAAUAUUAUUAUAGUUUUGCAUAUUGUUGAGGUUUGGAUCGUGAAUCUGUACCAGCAAUAUGUUACCUUCACUGCCGCCGACCACCCGGUCUCCAUGGGCAUCGCUGCCAGAAGAUAUGAUUCGUCUUGUGGCGGGCCGCCUGCUGGCCGGCGACCUGACGGACUACGUUCGCCUCCGUGCCGUGUGCACCAACUGGCGGUCUUCCACCGUGUCUCCGCGGGGCCGAGGCGUGAUCGACCCACGCUUUCACCCGCGCCGCUGGAUGAUGUUCGCUGAGGGCCAUGGACUUCACCCCGGCCAUGAAAAUCUCGAUGGACACAUCCGAUUCUUCAACCUCGACUCGGGGAUCUUUGUCCGCGUCCGGCUCCCGCUGUUGACGGAUCACUGUGUUCUUGACUCCGUCGAGGGCCUCCUGGUCCUCCAGCGAGACGAGGACACCGCCAUCCGCCUCCUCCACCCUUUCACUGGCGACAUCGUCGAGCUCCCACCGCUCACGUCUCUUGCCAUGCAACUCAAGACCGAUUAUACGGAGGCAACCAAGCUGAAACUAAUGAGACACAUCUCUGCUUCCAUCUCGGUCGCUGACGACGGAGUCGUGAGAGUCAUGGUUAUCUUGAUCCGUAUGAUGCGGGCAGCUGUUGCUACCUCCCAAGAUACGGAGUGGAGUAUGCUGUCAUGGAGAGUUCCAAGUCAUUACCAACCAUUGUCGACAGGAGGCAAGCAAUAUCUCGUGCAUGACACUUUCUUUGAAGAUAUUGAUCCUGAUGUAGCACAGGUUUUUCAGAUGGAGGCGCACCUGCAGGAUACACCAAAGCUGAUUGCCACGAUCCCAAGGGAGAUACUCGCCUAUCCUGUCUAUCUGGUAGAAUGUGACUCGGAGGUCCUAGUGGUCGGGCACAACGACAUGUCCUUCACCCACCUGGCGGUUCACAGGCUGUCGGAUCUUGUUUCAGAACGGUAUGUCCCGGUAAAAGGAAUCGGAGACAAAGUCAUAUUCGUGGGAGGACGGACAUUGUGUGUCUCUUCCAAGAUACUGCCUCCCACUACAGGCAACGCCGUGAUCUAUCAGCAUCCACGGGAGUUAACAUUUUCUCAAUACUGUCUUGGUAGUAGCACCUGGUCGCUAGCAACCGAUGAAUGCAGCAUGAGCAAUUUGACACAAGGACCAUGUAGCCUUAUCACCCAUGUCUUUACAUGUUGCUCACGUGGUCACUGGAACAAGGGACUAAUGUAUUGGCGGGAUAAUGAACCACUCACGUGGAAGGUGAAGCAAAAGUUUCGAGACGGGGCCUAAUUGUUCUUGCAUCCAAAACACUGGAGAUUGCUAUCCUCUGCAUCCGCCAUGAAGAAAAUUGCAGAAAUAUUGGAAUGUGCUAUCGCUUUUUUAGAUGAACCCCUUCGAUUCCAGCUUGGCAGGCUAAGUGUUAGAUAUUACAAAUAUAACAGAUCUAGAAAUCUCGCCCAUCAGGGAGAAACAAAUUGAGUUACCUUUAGAGCAUCUCUAAGAGAAGAGCCAAUUGUAUCUGCAUAUGAUGGUUUCAUACACAUGUUGAUAUAUCACGAUGUGUUAAAAUAAAUAGGUGGGAUUUUGAAAAAUAAAUCUAGCGAAGAUACUAAUU